UGUAGAUUCUUGUCUCGUGUGGCGUUUACGCCCUCGCGUCGUAAUGUACUAAAAUUCUUUUUUUAAUGGCUGUAAGUGCUUACAAAGACACCGACAAAAAUUAUAGUAGUGGAAAAUAUACAAAUUAUAGUACACCGGAAAAUGAAAAUUAUAAUUUUCCUAGUUUCAGUUGAUACAUAUAGAUUUUUCGAUCUAUAGAUCUUUUCUUUCUUAGUACUUGGUAAUGGACCACUGGUAAUAGAUAUCAGCUGUUCGGACGAAAAUCAAAGUCUUUUAAAAUUUGGUCUUGCAAUUUUGGCAUGCAAUGAAUAAUUGUGACCACAGAGAAGUUUAUCAUUUGUAACUUUCAGUGAAAUUAAUUAUCGAGAAAGCAUUUUUCUUUCCUCUGUAUGAUAAUAGUAUUUAGAUACAAACUGGUGAAAUAAAACUCUUGGUUUGGUAUCAUCAAUACAUUCAUAAUGGACUUAAUAAGAUUGGCUCAGUUUUAUAAGACACCUAGUGAGGAGAGAAAAUUAGCACUUCUUAGGAAAGUAGAUGUUUCUUAUUGUGUUCCAGAUGACUUUUCUAAAUCUAUACAAAACAAAUACCAUGCAGGCAGCAAUUGUUUACAUUUUGCAGUUAAAACUACUAAUUCAAAUUUAAUAAAUAUGCUAUUGGAUCGUGGAGUUGACUUUUUAAAGCAAAGAACUUGUGAUGGAAAAACCCCACUUCACAUAGCUUUUUAUAAUAAUAACUAUGGUGCAAGACUUAGUGGCAAAUUAAGAAAAAAUAACAUAAUAAGCAUCUUGUUGUCAAUUCAAGUAAAAAGAAACCAACCCAUCAAUCCAAAAUGUAAAACAGGAGUAACUCAUCUACACAUAGCAUGUGCUGUAAACCAUACAGAAGCAGUGAAAUUGUUUGUAAAAGCUAAAGAUUAUCUUCAUGAAACAACUAACACAGAUAAAUAUCUUGUAACACCUGGAUACACAGCUUUACAUUUUGCAGUCAAACAUUCUUCUAUUGAAUCAACUGAAAUAUUAUUAAAGAAUGGUGCAGACAUACAUUUCAAAGAUGCUAAAGGUUUCAGUGCAUUAGACUUAUUGAUUGAUCGUUUAAUGGAUACGAAAGAUUUUAUGUGCAUGGGUAAAAGAGCACUUUGUUCAUCGUACGAAAGAGAGAUAGGAAAGCUUGAAUCUAUUGCCGAAUUGUUUUUGGAAAUUAAACCAGAUCAUGCUAAUUUUAUUAGUGAUUCAGGACUAUCAACUUUUCAUUUGGCUUGUACAUUAACAGAUUCUUGUAUUGGUGCAGAAUUUUUAAGACAAAAUCUUGAUAUAAAUUUAACUGUUAAGAAUAAUUCUCAAUUGUGGCCAGGAUGGACAUCUCUUCAUUUUGCUGCCUGUUCCAGUGUUGAAAUGUUUAAGCUACUGCUGGAGUCUGGAGCUGAUAUCAGUAUUAAAAAUGCUAAAGGAGAAACUCCAUUAGAUUUAUUUACAAUGAGAUAUGAUCCAAAGACUAUACACUCUAUUUUGUCUGAAAUGAAAAAUAUCAAAAAUUUAUUAAUGUCUGAUGGAGUUACUAAAAUACUAGAUGUUUUGUUAGCUAUGAAUGAUUGUAACAAAUUUAGUGAUUUCUUGCAAGAUUUAAAGGAUGUGAAUAUAAGUGUACCAGUGGAAUCUCCAAUAUGGUCAGGUUUCAAUGUACUGCACUUGGCAAUAGCAUUAAAUGAGAAAACGAAAUCUCAGGGAGAAUUUUUCGAUAAGUUAUAUUUUGAUGAUGAUGUCACUGUGUUUCCAACCGGUUACAAUUGCACAGAGGAAGAUGAGAAGAAAUAUUGGAAAAGAAUUAUUGUAUGUUUAGCAAAAUCAUGUAGCCUCAAGACUAAAAAUGCAGAUGGUGUCUCUCCAAUUCAUUUUGCUUUUAAUCGAAAUAAAGGAAAAGUUGUUGACUUGUUAUUGAACAACUGUCAAGAUAAUAUAGUUGACUCAAACAAUCUUUCAGUUCUACACAUAGCUUCUGCUGUUGGAAGAAAAGAUGUGGUUGAUCGUUUACAGAAAAAAGGAACAGACUUGAAUAUUCGUACAAAGAAGAGCUUCCAAUGGUUUGGAAAACCUUACCAGGCGGACGAAGAUGCGAAACCUUACUUAAUGUACCUACGAGCAAAUUCUACGCCACUGCAUGUAGCUGUAGUUUUUGCACACAAGAAUGUAAUAACAUACUUGCUAAAAAAAGGCGCGGACGCUUACGCUAAAGACGAACUCGGACUGACACCUAUCCAUCUAACGUUGAUGUCAUUUAGAAAGCGUGAUGUUCGUUGUAGAAUCAAAGAUAUCGUUCUUCGAUAUAUUUCAAACAUAAAGGAAUCUGUAAGCAAUCACGGUUUGACUCAUCUUCACGUUGCCGCGUAUGCCAACGACGAUCGUUCCAUCAAUGAACUUGUUCAGCAUGGUGCUAACGUCGAUGCAAUUUUUGAUGCUGAAAUUCCGGAAAAGCAGAAUGAUGAGAUUAUGACUCGUGAUUUGUCGUUUCUUGUUGAACAUAUUGGAAUGACGCCACUGUGCCUCGCGAUUCAAGGAGGACUUGGUAAUAAUGCCGUUGAAGCGUUAAUACGAAAUGGUGCAAAUAUCUAUGCUCAGAAUUCGAAGGGCGAUACAGCAUUAAACAGCAUGAUGGAUUGUUUCCAUUGUUCUUUUGUCCAACAUUUCCUUAAAAUAUUAAAACAAGAUCAACGUGUUCGCGAACCGAUUGAUCCAAGCGGGAUGACUCUUCUGCAUGUUGCUUGCGCUGUUUUAGACAUCGAUUGGGCGAAAAAACUUCUACAGAAAGGAGCCAAUCCGAAUGCUCAGAUAAAAUCAAAUAAUCUUGAGUGGAGCGAUGAUACACCUUUGUGCACACUUAUCUUCGAAGCAACUGUGACUGAUCGAGUGUUCGUAAAUUUGGAGAAUUUUGUAAAACUGUUGCUUAAGUAUGGAGCAGAUGUCACGAUUAUGUGCAGGGAUAGUUCGCCAUUGCACGUUGCUUGUCACGCUGCUAAUCCUGAUCCAUCUUGGGAUGACGUUGAUCAAGAAAUGUAUCAAGAGCGCGUUAAAGCCAUGCUUGUUAUCAGCGACUUACUUUUGAUAAGUCAAAAAUCCUACAAAUUCAACCCAAUAGAUAACCAUGGAUUUUCACACUUUCACUACGCUUGUUUGAGAAAUAAAGCGGAUAUCGUUAAGAAAUUUUUGGAUAACGGUGUCGACGUUAACAUGCGAACUGAUCCUUUCUCUCCAGAAAGCAGUGGAUGGAUCCCUCUCCAUUUUGCUUUCAGCUAUAAAUCCGAGGCCGUUAUUCGUGUGCUUCUUGAAUAUGGAGCUGACUUGGAUGCUGAAGAUUCAUAUGGGACCACACCGUUGCACAUCGCUUUACAAAACGGCACUGUAAAUAUUAAGACGAUUGAAACAACGUUGAGUAAAGAAGCAGAUAUAAAAUCCAAAACUAUAUUUAAAAAUCAACGUUCCAUAGAUUACCUUUUAGAAUUAGGCAGUAUUACUUACAAACAGCUAGAAUACAUUUUGUUGCAUAAAUCUUCACUAAAUAUUACCAACAUUGAAUCGACUCAUAUAACUAUUGGAUUGAUAAUGCAAAAUACUGACCCACGAAAUAGCGAGGAGAUGUUUACAAAGCUCGUGAUAAUUUGCGACUUGAAAAAAGCAGUAAAUAAUGGAUUCAAUGCUAUUGAAAACAUAGUAUCCGUUUACCAUGAUGGCCAACUGACACGUAGUUAUUAUGUAGAAAGCAUUCAAAUGUUCAUAGAAAUGGGCUGUGAGCUUGACCAAAAAAAUGAAAAUGGAAAAACAGCUCUUCAUGAAGCUAUAAACCAUUAUAAUUUAGAGGCUAUUGAAGCCAUGCUACUACUUGGUGCCAACAUGAAUAUUGUUGAUAAUAAUAAUGAAACGCCCUUCGUGAUAGACUUUCUCUACAUAUGCAAUAUGGAUGAUGAACGUGAAGUUCGUUCAUUGAAACUCGUAUCUGCAUACAUAUGGAAAAUGAAGUUUGUGGGACUGGAGGUACUUCAAUCCAACGAAGAGGCCAUGGACGCCGCACAUAAAAUAUUUCCAAUGGACUUGGAUUUACAAAAACGUUGUGAAAAUGAACUAAAUAGCCUGCAACAAAAGAGUAUUACUAAAUCUUUAACUAUGAAAAGCUUUUUAUGCGAGUCAACAACUUUAAGAACGUAUCCGACAAUGCCUUUUGCUCAGCGUAAAAUCAUCAAUAACUUUUUUGAUCGCAAAUCACAAGAUCUGUUGCAGUUCCCGGAGCUAGCGGGGUUACUAACACUGCAAUAUAGAAUGACUUUACAAAGAGAUAAAUUAUAUGGUCCAGCAAAAAUAGCUCUUUCUACGAUUGCUUGUUUACAAUUGACUGAUUAUUGCUUGGAAAAUAUUUUAUUUCAUUUGGAAAACAAAGAAUUAAAAAAGUUGAUUGAAGCUGUGAGAAAAUUUAGGUUUAUUUAAAAGUUUAUAUGCUUUUAAUUUUGAAUCACUUAUUUUUUGAGAUUAUAUGUUAAAUGCACAAAAGAUAAUUAAAUUAUUGAUAUAUUAUGAUAAUAUGAAAUGAUCGCAUAAUUUUAUUCUACAUUAGUAUUAUAUAGUAAGAUGAUAUUUUAUAGAAAGUACAAACAAAGAGAACAAUUGCUAUUAUACAGCAUAUUCCAAAAUAUGAAUGAACUGAAAUUUAGU